AUGGUCACUGUGCAGUCCAGCUUUGCACCAUUCACCACAACUAGUCUGAAGCCACAACUGCCCCAAGGCCCACAGUAUCAGACACCAGCUAACCAGAAGUAUCACCCUGCUGUGACAUCUCAAGUGCAGCCAAGUAGCUACACAGUCCAGCAGAAAGUGCCUAGCCAGCUUGGACAGGCCAGAGUAGUGAGUGCAAGAGGUCAAUCAGCCAGACCCACAGCCAGCAGCCAGAAUCCUGCAACUACUUUCUACCCACCGUAUGUACAGCAGCAAAGUGCACCAGCAGCUGCACAGAGUCAGUUGGCUACGCAGUGUAGUCAGCCAGAUGGACGACGUCCAUAUACAUCACCAGCUGCGAAUCCUGCAACUUUUUACACGCCAUAUUAUGUACAGCAAAGUGCACCAGCAGCUGCACAGAGUCAGUUGGCUACGCAGUAUAGUCAGCCAGAUGGACAACGUCCAUAUACAUCACCAGCUGCUUACCCUCAUGCCGGGACAUACAGAUCCCAUUUGAAGCCGUUGAAGCUACCGCAGUUUGACGGAGCGCCAGUGAACUAUGUCCCUUGGAGACAGAAAUUCAUGAGUUUGGUGGGAACAGACCCCCACACAACUGAGCACUACAAAAUGGCGAGACUGAGAGAGUCACUCGCCGGAGGGAGUGCCGAGGAACUCGUCCAGGACAUUAUGGACGGAACAGGCGCCUUUCAAGCAGCAUUGGUGGAAAUAGAAGCCUGGUAUGGCGGUGAGGAGCGACAACUUGAGCGUCACGAGAAAGAUAUCCUGACGUGGCCCAAGAUUGACAACGCUAAAGCCACCGACAAGCUAAAGAAGUUUGCUCUAAAGCUGCGGAGUACCCUGGUCAACAUGAAGUCGUGUGGCAUUGCUCCCGGCCGUGAACUGUACCUAGCAGCAACCCAGAAAAUACCACCGACCCUCCUGCUGAGGUAUUUUGAGCUGCACGAGGACCGGAACUGCGAUGUUUGCAACUUUGCAGACUGGCUACUGAAUCUGGUUCAUAUGCUGAGGAAGGUAGAGGAGAGGCAGGCAGAGACCCACAAGACACCCACAUCAACGGCAGUGCUGCAGAAGUCACAGAGCCGACACGAUCAUCGACCACAUAGAACGUUGGCAACUACAGCAGGAAAUGAGACGCCAAAGGCCAGAUGCAAGAAGUGCGGAGAGGGCCACGGCUUAGCUGACUGCCGGGCAUUUGCCACCUUGUCAACAGCAGACAGGUGGAAAUUCGUUAAGCCGUUGAAUGUGUGUACCUGCUGCCUGCGCGUUGCUGGCCAUCGUUCUGCUGAGUGCAGGAGCAACCCAUGUGCUAAGUGCGGUGGAAAACACCAUGACAUGCUCCACGUUGUGAGACAACAGCAGAGCUACAGCAGGAAGACGGACAAAGAGCCAGCCAGCAUGAAUCAAAGCAAUCGACUGGACAGUCCACAGCGAGGCGGUGGAUUACGUGAGAAGCCACAGCGUCCAUCCGACACAGCAGCGACGGCCACAGCAACCACCUGCACCGCUAACACCGGGGUCCAUGUUGCAUUCAUGACUGUGCCAGUCAAGCUGCAACACCAAGACCAGAUGUAUGAUGCAGUGGCACUGAUUGACUCGGCAUCAUCGACCAGCUAUAUCAGGGCUGACGUUGCUGAGAGCUUGGGUGUCAGCGGGCCAGAUGAGCAGCUCACCACCUCAGUCCUAGGCGGAACGACAGUAACAGGCCGCCGGCAGAGAGUCAACCUGACCAUCCACAGUCAUGAUGGUGACUACAGCACGGCGUUCCAAGCAUGGACCCAGCCCGACAUCACAGCUCCGCUACCGGCCGUUGACUGGCAUCAGAUGAGCCAACAAUUCCCCCACCUCCAGCAACUACCGCUACCACAGGUCGACUCGCGGCAGAUAGACAUCCUGAUUGGUAUCGAUGUCAUUGAUGUACACCGAGUGCUGGAGGAGGCCACUGGGCGCGCGGGAGAGCCCAUUGCACGCCGUCUACCACUCGGCUGGGUUUGCUUUGGGCCGGUGGACAUGCCGACGGGUGCCACAUCCGAGUGCACGCUGCACGCAUCUGCAGUAUGUGAGCCAUUGCUCGAUACACUGGUCGCUAAGUUCUGGGAGGAUGACCAGGUGGGCAUGCAACCACAAUCUGACAAGACGAUGGCUGAGAUAGAAGCAGAGCACCUCGUGGCUGACAGGAUGAAAAUCACUGAUGGUCGUGUCACGACAGGCAUCCCUUGGAUUCGGCCAGACCACCAGCCACAGCUGCCGCCAAACCGAGCCAUGGCAGAGAAGCGGCUGAUCAGCCUCGAGCGAUCUCUUCUCAAGAAGCCGGACUUCCUGACCAGACCGGAGACAGAGUGGCCGCUUGUGGAGCUUGAUACCCCUCCGCCACUACCUGGUGAGCUGAAGAAGAAGCCAUGUAUGACAUUCGCCAGCCAGGUGACGCCAUCUCGACUAGAUCCUGCCACAUAUUCGACGUGGGAGCGUCUUACCAGGGUGACUGCCUGGUGCUUACGGUUCGUACAAAAUGCCCGACGGCAGACUGCGACAGUCACGAGGGGGGAAACCCACGUCGACACCGCCAACACCAGUGCCCCACUAGUCUAUGUCCGUUUAGCAAGCGGUCAUAAGCCAAGAUCAGUAGUGACAGUACCGGUGCUGACGGCAGCAGAAGUAGCAGGAGCCGAACGACAUUGGUUUGCACAAGCUCAGCUGUCAGCGUACCCAGCCACGCUUGAGCGCUUACGGGCAGGUGAGGAAUUACCACCAUCUGACCCUCUCUACCGGCUCAACGCGGUCCUGGAUGCGACGUCACACCCUGCUCUCAUGGUCGUCAACGGACGACUGAAGCAUGCUGUCAACCUACCUGUUGGUGUUCGCCAGCCAGUGAUCCUACCACAGCGUCACCGAGUCACUACGCUACUCAUCCAGCGCGAAGACGACCUCUGUUGCCAUGGUGUCGGAACCCAGCACCUGCUGUCCAACCUACGACAGAGAUUCUGGAUUGUACAUGGUACAUCAGCGAUCAAAAGUGUACGUGCACAAUGCGUUACAUGCAGCCGACUGAUGAGUAAGGCUGCGGAGCAGAUCAUGGGACCGCUACCCAACCAUCGCACGUGUGGUUCUCUCAAACCAUUUACCAGAUGUGGAGUAGAUUACGCAGGACCGUUCUACACAAAGCAAGGGCGUGGUCGAGUGCAGCAGAAGCGGUACAUGUGCGUUUUCACCUGUUUGGAGACCAGAGCAUGCCACUUGGAGAUGGCCUUCUCUUUGGACACAGAAGCAUUCCUGAUGGCAUUCUCCAGAUUCAUCAAGCGUCGCGGCACUCCGUCCAUCAUGGUGUCGGACAACGGCACGAACUUUACAGCUGCCGAGCGAGAGCUCCGAGAGGCGAGCGAAGCCAUUGAUCGCACGCAAGUCAGCAGGAAAUUCGCUCAUGAAGGAAUAGAGUGGCGGUUCAAUCCUCCGCGGGCACCCCACUUCGGAGGAGUAUUCGAAAUUGUUGUGAAAGCUGCUAAGCGUGCCAUCACCACAGUACUCGCUAAUGCUUCGCUUACCGACGAGGAGUUGCUGACCGCACUGAUUGAAGCAGAGCAUCUCAUCAACACUCGUCCGCUGACUACAGUCUCAGAUGAUGCUCAGGAUGAUCAGCCCCUCACUCCCCAGCAUUUCCUUGUGGGACGUAUGGAUGCGCCUCUGGCCAAGGAAGUGACGGUGCUUGGUGAGCAUCAGCAUAAGCGGAAGAGAUGGGCGGCAGUACAGCGAUUAGUAGACGACGUGUGGCAGCGAUGGAAAAGAGAGUUUCUACCAUCCUUGAACCUCCGGAAGUGCUGGCGCCAGGCCAAGAAGAGCUUGAAGGUGGGUGACGUGGUGAUGUGGAUGAGUCCCGGCACUCCGCGCGGAGAGUGGCCAUUGGGUCGCAUUAUGGAGACCUUCCCAGGAAAGGACAACAAGGUGCGCGUCGUGGACGUCAAGAUUGGAGGCAAGAUCCUGCAACGUGCCAUCCAUCAUCUCGUUCCUUUGCCAGUUGGAAAUGAGUAA